UUUCGGCGGAGAAGAGGCGCUGGUGCUUCGAAGGCUUGGAGGCAGGCGCGCGGCGGGCAGGCCUGGAGGGGGCGGGUCCGCGUGGGCCUCAGUGCCGCCCGCCAGGCGUGAGGAGAGGAUAAGGGAGGUCACCGCCUGAAGGUGUGUCCGCUACGGCCGCACCGGCUGCCUCGGAGAGCUGCGAGCGUCGGGAACAACCAUGUCUUACUGCCGGCAAGAAGGGAAGGAUCGGAUCAUAUUUGUGACCAAAGAAGACCAUGAAACUCCUAGCAGUGCGGAGCUGGUGGCUGAUGACCCCAAUGAUCCCUAUGAGGAGCACGGACUAAUACUGCCCAAUGGAGAUAUUAACUGGAAUUGCCCAUGCCUUGGGGGAAUGGCCAGCGGCCCCUGUGGCGAACAGUUCAAGUCUGCCUUUUCCUGCUUCCACUACAGCAAAGAGGAAAUCAAGGGAUCAGACUGUAUAGACCAGUUUCGGGCCAUGCAGGAAUGCAUGCAGAAAUACCCAGACCUCUAUCCCCAAGACGAGGAGGAGGAAGAGGAGGCAAAGCCAGUUGAGCAGGUGGAGGAAACAGCUGCUUCUAAGGCCUCUGCAGCCAAAGAGCAGGGGUCCAGCUCCUGAAGGCCACAGGCCCUGGCCGCCACUCACCAUGAGACUUUCUUCUGUACAAUGCCUUUUGGUCACCUCUGUGAAAGUUCCUUUCCUCUGUGCACUGUUAUGUACAAAAUAACUUAUUUUAAUGAUCAGAGGUCUUGGCUACUUGCCAUAUACACUGAAGAGGUGUGUACACCUAUGUCCUGUGUAAACCUGUCCUUGAACGUUAAGCCACUGCUGGAUGUACUCUGUGAUUGCCCUGGAUUUUGUCACUUUGAAAUACUGUGCUGUGACUUCUCAGCAAUCAAAAGUUGUUACUCAGGAAAGUUAUUCGUGAAAAAGCUGACUUAUUCUGACCCAUUGUAUUCCUUUUGGUAGAUUUUUACACCUCUUUGGGAAAUUAAGUAGAUACCAAAACUCCUUCAAGGGUAUAGGUCCAUUCCUAUUGGAAGAGGCUGGUGGUCAGAUGCUUGAAUUAGAGUACAUGGGACUGCUACCUUGUUCCUAGCUCCUAAGUUUCUGUGCAGUCCAAACUCCAAGGUGUCUACAGUUGCAGGGUGGGAUUGGACCCAGUGACUCCCAGUCCUUCCUGAGUGAAAGGAGAGGCUUGGGUUUUGCUUUAUUGUUUUGCGGUUCUGAAAGUCCUGGUUUGGGGCCCAUGUUCACUUGGUCCAGUCAGUUGUGACAUUGAUGUGGGGACCUAGCUGCUUCCAGAGCAGAAGCCAGCAGAGGAAAUGUCUGAAUGAAGUACUCAAUUAAAAAGAAAAAAAACUUCUGUCUGA